AUGAACCGUGAGGGUGGAAAGAAGAAGCCGUUGAAGCAUCCGAAGAAACAGCAGCAUGAAUUGGAUGAAGAAGACUUAGCCGCAAAGCAAAAGCAGAGGGAGGAAGCUAAGAAACUGGCUGCUGCAAAAGAAGUAGCCAAAAAAGGCCCUCUUGGUGUUGGGAAGAAUAAGAUUACCAAAUAG